AUGAGUGAGAACGUUGGUAAAGUGGAGAAGGAAACAGUUGCUGAUACAGAAGCUUCUCUGGAAAUGAACGAAAACAUUACUAGUAAAAGAAUUAGAGACAAUGAAGAAGGUUCUAAUCUCGAAGAUAAACAUAGUUCAGAUGAUGAGAAUAAUCGUAAAAAACUGAAAACAGAAUCUGGAGGAGAUUUAGCUAAAGAUACAAUUGUAGCAACAAAUGAAAAAAUCACAAAAGAUGACAAACAUAGUAAUGUCUCUACCGAGGAAAGUGAUAAAACAUCCAAACCUGCUAUCGAAGAGAAGCCAAAAUUUGUAUUUGGUGCUUCUUCAGCAUUCAGCUCAAGUUUUGGUGUAGCAAACAAGAAUAAUUCCAAUAACUCUGUUACCAGUAAUCAAAAUAAAAGCGAAACCGCUGAGCCAGUAAAACCAUUUUCAUUUGGUUCUGGUUUGUCAUUUGGUGGUGGUUUUAAUGUAUUAAAGAAGAAAGAUGAAGUAACAAAAGAAGAGAAAGAUAGUGAAGAUAAAGAUGAUCAAGAAGAAAGCAAGAAUCAAGAAGAAUCAAGUUUGAAUGAAGAAUCUAAAACUGAGAACGGUAUGGUAAAACUUGAAAAGCAAGAUGUCAAGUCAGGUGAAGAACUUGAAGAUUGUAUCUACCAAGUUAAUACUAAGCUAUAUCAAUUGACAGAUAUAAAAAGUGGAUGGAAAGAAAGAGGUGUAGGCAUUAUUAAAAUUAACAAGAAUAAAGAAACAGGAAAAACACGUUUGGUUAUGAGAUCAAGAGGGUUGUUGAAAGUUAUUUUAAACUUACCAUUAUUAAAGGAGUUUACACUAUACAGUGGCUUCCCAGGAUCAUUGCAAAGUGAAAAAUUUGUCCGUAUUCUUGCUAUGGAUGAUAACAAGAAACCGGUUCAAUAUGCAUUCAAAACUGGUAAAGAAGAAACUGCACUUGAACUAUAUGACAAUAUUAAAACUGAAAUACCAGAAUAA